UGAGUGUAAGAAUUGUGCGAAUGCCUUCGGUCUUGUUUCGCAAAAAACGCUCCAAGUACCCGAUAACCAGCACGCCAAUGCGGCAUAAUAGUGCUCAGUUCCCACGCAGCGGCUCAUUAGACAACUCUACCGAACCGCUGAUCUCCUCGCCACCACAGAGAUCCCAGUCUUAUGACCUGGAUCACCAGCAGCCAAUCAGACCGCCGAUACCCACAUUCCAAGACAACGGACCGCAUUACAAGGUCCCACAAGUGACGUCAUCAGCGCCCAAAGACGACAUCCAACUCCCUCCUGUGGGGUAUAACAGACCCGCCAUGCCCCGAUCUCCUAACGGAGUACGGUCACCGCCACCAACUUACAACGAAGUGUACAGUCCUAAACAGCAGAGAGACGCAGGUGAAGUUGUCGCCGAUCUAGACAAAGAAUUAGCUGGCCUUGAAGGGCUCAUGAAAGACUUGAAUGAAAUAACUGGCAAUGAUUAUCUUUCUUAACCUCGUCCAUCUGUAAUCUACAUACCUCGAAAUGAGAGCCCAGGCUACCGCGUCUAGCUUUGCCUUCGUGAACCGCCAGAAGACUGGAAAUGAGCGUAAUACAACAAGAUGCACAGAAGUUCCAGAUUAGAUAAUUCUUAGAAAAAGGGUUGCACCACAAGAGAUUGCCCUUAGAGAGCGAUGCUAGUAAUAGAGUUGUCUGCUUUAUCAAGCACCGAUCAUUUAAUCAGACGGGGUAUUACUGAUUUUUUUUUUUCCAACUCUAUAUUUUGUUCACGGGACCCCACUGACUUUUAAGCAAAGGUUUGCUUUUUGUUUAUUUCCCAGAGAGGUAACAUUCUCGGUAUUUCCUCAAAUAUAGAUAGAAUGGUCCUUCUUCUGACACUAGAUCAAAUUAUCAAUCAGUGGUUGUGCAGUGAUUGAGAAACGUGAGCUUAAGGAGGAAUGGGUACGAGGUCUUGGUUCUUGAAGGUAAAGCAGCUUUUUUCUAUGCGAAUCGCUGGAAUAAAUUAUUAGAACUUAGUGAUGGGAGAUGAUUGUUUAGUGCAAGAGCAUCAUUUCGUCAAGGUAUAUGUAAAAAUCUUAAAAUAGUCCAUAUUUUUAACUUUGGCAAACAUAAUUGUAAACAAGAAAUAGAUUUAAUAUAUUUUUAUCAUACCUGUUUGCAUGUGUGAAAACGAUUUUUAGAGGAAAAGCAUCAGAUUACUUGUAAAUAAUUAGAAUUACUUGAGAUUUCGGUUAUUAUUAUUGUUCAUAGGCACAAAUUAUGUUUAUUAGGGGUUCUAUUUGGUUUUUAUUUUUGUUUGAAAUUGGUAAUGAUGUUUACCCUUAUAUCAUUCAAGGGACAUAUUUUGAGCAGUAAAUUAUACAAUAUUGAGAAGAGGUUUCAAGCUUUGGUAUUGUGAUUAUAUUUUCAGUAGAGCGUAUCUUUUGAUUAAUCAAGUUUAUUUUAUGUUCGAAGCUUUGUUAGUCAGAGAUAUCGAGAGAUAGCUUAGAAAGGAAUCACUCUUAGCCUGCGUGCAGCCAGAAAUAGUUCCAUUAUUAAUCAUGAAACUAUUUCCGGCUGGACGCAGGCUAGGAAUCUCUUAGACAGGGAAUUCUUAGACAGGGAAAUUUCUUAGACAGGGAAUCUCUGAGACAGGAAAUGUCUAAUAUGUUUAAAAUGCCACCAAUUCAUGGCAGUUAAAGUUUAAUUUUAAUUUGAAACCUCUUAGUUUUAAACAUCGCUUUUGUUAGCUGGUUCAAGAGGGUGUUCCAAUCUACUCGUAAAAAUAAACAUAAAGUAGAUUAGAAAAAAAUGCUUUUUAGCAUUUGUGAGUUCAAAUCAGCCCAUAUAAUACUUGCGAAAUAA